GUCUGUAACGUGUUGGGGGGGAAAAAAAAUGCCGCAUUCAAAGACAGUGGACAUUUUCCAAAGCAGAAAACUGAAGCGUCGAACAAAUUCACCUUUUUUUUUUUGUUUGCAAGCAGUGGACAUUGAUUAUUGACGAAAUCAAGGCCAGAUCUAUUUUUGAGUGAAAGUAGCGAAUACACUCGAUCUGGCACAAGGGCUGAAUCCUGACUUCCCGGAAACACGCGAACACAGCAGCCGAUAUCCUCACACUGGACUCACCGCACCGCAGUGAGUCCACCUCGGCUUCAAGUUUCAAUGUCCACGUUGGGCUUUUGUUUUAUUUGAACGGACGGCAACUGUUGGGUUCAUUUAACGACGAACGAUUUGUACCGUUGAGCUGCAGGACACGCAAGGAAGGAAGGACGACGAAAGUUGUCGCUGGGCUGCCGGUUGUCAACGUCGGCGGCUACGGCUACGGCUACUUGUUGAAAAGUCACUGCUGCGACAGGGGGAAGAAGAAAAAAAAGAAGGAAGCACCUCGCUCGAUGCAGUGAUGGCCCAAUGAUGGCCCCAAUGAUGGCCCCAGUGAUGGCCCAGUGAUGGCAGAGCUCCAGAUCGACCAAUCCAACCUCCCCCGUGUGCAGGAAGUGUGCCAAAGUUUUGCUGUGUUGGAAGAUGGCGUGUUGGCACACAAUCUCCAGGAGCAGGAAAUCGAGCAGUACUACUCCAGCAACGUUCAGAAGAACCAGCUGGUGCAGAACGACAUCCGUGUGGCCAAGCGGCUCCAGGAUGAGGAGGAGGAGCGGCGGCGGCGCAGAGCCCUGCUGAGGCAAGAGGAGGAGGACGACGACUUUGAGUACGCUCGCCUCAUCCAGGAGGAGAUCCGGAGGCGGGCCCAAGAGGUCCGGAGGCGGGAGCGGGACGACCAGGAAAUGGCCAAACAGAUGCAGGAGGAAGAAGAGCUGAUGAUGAGGAGAGCCAGGGAGGAGGAGCACCACCGAGGCAGCUCCGGCGGCGGCGCUUGUAUGCCGCCGCUACCGAGCCAGCGUCAGCAUGCACUCAGCGGACGCCGUCCCGCUCAGGCGCUCUACUCGCCUACUACCAGCAGGUGGCACUAUUGUAACACUCGCAACCCUCCUGAGCACAGCCGCCCUCCGCUGCCACCUUACCACCCUGGCCGGGCUUUUGCAAGCGAGUCAUUGCACGCACACUCGGACCGCUUUGAACAGAGAGCAAAUCAAAGACGCGACCCGGCGGUGGCGCCUCUCCAUCGCCGAUUGUCACUUCGUCUACCUGGGGAGAGACACGGCCGCUACACUCCUGGCAGCGUCGCAGAGGAAGAGUAUUACGGCCGUGCCGACGGAGAGGAGCGGCAGCGGGAGGUGGACCGGCGAGUAGAAAAUGGGCCGCCGCGGGCCGGCCAGGACAGGGCCUCCGGAGCAGCGGAGGCCGGAGAACAGCGGCGGUGGCGGCGCAGCCAAUCCCUUGGGGUUCACGACCGCCCGAGACGGGGCAGCGGAGACAACGCCGACAAACGCGUGCGCUUUGCCACGGACGGCGGGAGCUCCUGCCGGAGCGGACCCCCGGACGCCAGCGUGCCGCGUCUGUGGGAGAUGCUGGGCCACGUCCUCCGAGAGCGAGGCGUUCCCGUCAGCGUGGGAGGGAGCGGGGCGCCGCUGAAAAUCACCCCCCAAAGCCCGGCCGGUGGCCCGAGCCACCCCCCGCACGGGACGGCUUUCCUAAGAGCGGCCUCCGCCAGCCACAGUUUCCACGGCCACAUCCGGGAAAGGAGGAGCUCAUCCCGCCGGGAUGUCGGCGAGCGGGAGCGCAGACUGGACGGCCGCUUUUCCCACAUGGGUGGCGGAGGAGCGGGCAACGACGGGAGGAGGGGGCGUCACGACGGGGGGAGGGGGCUCGCCGACGUGCACGAGGACCCGCCGGAGAGGAUCGCUGACGGCCGCCGGACCGCCGAACAAGCUUUCGGUUCAGACGAGGAGGCAGGAGGGCAGAGGGGAGCGCAGCGGAGCUUUCUGAGGAGAACCGGCAGCUGGCUCGGGUGGAGACGCUCGGCACCAGGAGCGUCGUUGCCCUCGAAGAAGAAGCAGACCAGCCUGGACCUGGGGGACCUGCAGCAGGUCCUUCAUGAUGAGGAGCUGGCCCGCAAGCUACACGAGCAAGAAAACAACUUGUUGGCCGGGACCUCCCGAAGGCCGUCAUGUGGUCGCUACCCCGAGGGGGACUUCCGGGUCGCACAGGUGGCUCAGGAUGAGGAAAUCGCUCACUACAUGCAGAAGCAAGAGAUGGAGUCAAACCGCAUGUCACGGCAGCUGGAAGAACCGACGUCGCACCGUCACGACCGGAGGACCGCGCCAGACCGCCAGGUGGAAUCGGAGGGGCUCCCCUCCCCCGUGGAGGACCGCUCUCUGGCCAGCCCCGUCUCAACGCUGAGACAAUCGCCGCCGGUCCAGAACAUUGCGGAGGAACUGGACCCGACCUUCCGGGCCAAGAGGCAAGGGGCGGACAUCCUCCAGACGGAGCAGAACGGCAGCGCCUGUCAGUGGCUUCCCGGCCCGCGCCGCUUACUGGAGGAGCCCGCCUUCAUCCUGCCCACCAAGCGUCAAAAGGACAAAGCCAAAGAAAAGAAGGAAAAGUGUAAACAACAAUGACACUUGAGCAUUAUGGGCCCGAGCGAGCGAGCGAGGCACAACUUGUUGCCCGUAGAUUUGUACCGGAAAGGAUGCGAGCCGAUCCAUUUUGGAUUCUUCCUGAAAGGCAAUCCGGUGUCAUUCCAAGGUCUCUGCGGAAGCGCGUAUCAUCGCUGUCGGGUCGUGCCUCGAGACACGAGCGGAAGUCGUUGCGCGGCCAUGCUCGUAACUCCAAAACUGCUGGUGUUGAUUUGGUGUGAAUUUUAAGGGGGGCACUCCGUAAGCUUGUACUUUACGGGAAUAUUCCAAAGAAGCAGCACAAGUGCCUUGAGGAAUCCCACCAGAGUUGGAGGCGGGUCUUGCCUCCAGUUAGCCAGGCCUUUCUUUUUUUUUUUUUUUUUUUUGAGGGAUCUUUCCCCAUUUGCCAAAGUGAUGCUUUUUGGAAACUGGGUUGACUUGAGUUAGCUGCCAACGUGAAGCGCUCAUAUUGCAAGUCCAAAAUGGCUUGAAUGGCGGCUUGUAUCCCGUUUUGGGGCCGCUUUGUUUUUUUUAGCAUACAGCACAAAAAUAGUUGAGCCUUUUUUUUUUACAUGAAAAUGGCAUUGGACCUCAUUGUUCUUUUUCUAUUAUUUGUCACAGUAUUUGUUUGAAUACAGCAGCACGUUCAUGCACGUCUGGA